AUGGCGUCGUCUCCGCGACGAAACGUCGCGCCGCGUCCCCGAGGGGUCGCGCUCGUCCUCCUCCUCCUCCUCCUCCUCGCGACGACGACGCCGCGCGAAGUGGAAGCGUACAGAUCCAUGGCGGGCUCGUGCGAGCACGCGGGCGUGGUGCACGGCGACCCGCCGCAUCCGAAGCGCGACGGCGACGGCGGGUUCGCGAUCGCGCUCGGACGCCCCGGCGUGAACGUCCCGGGCGCGGUCGUCCCGCUGUCGCUCUCGUCGUCCGACGGCACGCCGUUCAAGGGCUUCAUGAUCGGCGCCGUGCGCGUGGACGGCGCCACCGGGAAGGAGGUGCGUUCUAUCUCACACUGGUCCCCGUACGACCCCGUUCGCGUGGUGAACGCCGAUCCUUAA